CCCAUAUGUCAUCAUUCGCACCGGAGCUUUGCAAUGGCCGCAGCUUAGAAAUCCACAUUCGUGCGACACCAUAUAAGCCCUCUUCUGUCCGACCUUGUUCCAGUCCAUCCUCACUUCCGCAACCAGAUCCCCAGCAAACACAAUGGCCGCCCCAAAGAUCAUCCUCUACACCAACCACCUCUGCCCCUGGGCACACCGCGCCCACAUCGCGCUCAAGGAGCUCGGCCUCGACUACGAAGAGGUCAUCAUCGACCUUGACAAGCCGCGCGAGCCGUGGUAUCUCGAGAUUAAUCCCCGCGGCCUCGUCCCCACAAUCUCCUACAACGGCACCAUAAUCCCCGAGUCCGCAAUCGUCACCCAACUCCUCGCCGACGCCCACCCUUCCCACCUCGUGCCCCCCUCCAACACCCCUGAAGGCGCGAUCCAGCGCGCCCACAUCUCCUUCUUCGUCGAUACAUUCGUCUCCAAGGUCCUGCCCCACUCCUUCGCCGCGCACCGCGCGAGCACAGACGAAGAACGCAGCGCCGCAACCCUCGCGCUCGUCGAAGCCAUUGAGAAGAAUAACGUCGAAGCACUACUCUACCCCGAGGGGUCUGGGUCCGGUCCGUUCUUCCGGGGCGCGGAGAAGAUAACCCUUGCCGAGGCGCUGACGGGGUCGUUUCUGCUGCGGUUCCUCUCGCUGCAUAAGCCCGAGUAUGGAUUGUUAGCGCCGGAGCUGCCGGAGUUGUUGGAGAAGAGGACUCCAAAGUUCUUGAGUUGGGCGCAGAAGGUUGUUGCGCAAGAGAGCGUGAAUUAUAUUUGGGAUGAGAAGGUUGUUGGGGAGAGGAGCGCGAAGAAGUGGAAGGGGGCUAAGGCCUAAUUAGGCGGCUGAUCAAUAAUACGACCCUGCUAUAUACGUUGGUCAUGGAGACUCGAUUGGUGAGGAUGAUCAGUUAUGAUUAAUGCUAUGAAUGUCGCCGUACAGUCUUCUGGUUAUUACAAUUGCGCCCCUGCAAACUGCCCUGGACGCGCGCGCAGGCUUGUAAAACCAGGCUGCCUUUAGCGAAACCUGUUGCCUUUAGUUCUUGAGCUCUUGUAGCAUUGUUAUGUACCUAGCUCCCAGGCUAAAGUAGCUAAUGACCAAAUCUAGAGGUAUUUUAGAUCAUCGACUCAUA